ACAGCGGAUUCCGUUGGGAAGCUGCAUAUCAUCGGCAGGCAGUUCUCAUCGGAUCAUUUCGCUUUAACUGACAGGUUAACGGUGUCACAUCUGGGAUGAAUUCCAUUAGGUGUGUAGCUCGUAGACUGGGUGUUGUUUUGGCAUGUUAUGGAGUAAAAUGCCUCCACGCCCCGGCGGAUUUAAAUUAGCCUGGAAUAUGAACAGAAGAAGAAAAUAAGCAGCAGCGGCGGUGGUGGUAGUGGAGGUGGCUGUCUUCCUGCAGGAUUUCACCCAGGCUUUUUGUUUUUUCCCGUGGACAUGCCUGGUCUGUGGAGCAAAGCUGAGAGAGGCUAGCCGGCCCAGAGUCCGGCUAGCGGAGCAUUUCCCGAGUUUUGGAUGAUUGUUCAGCUGAAAGGCGGAUUUAUUUUGGACAAGCGCUGCUUUCCCUCCCCGGGUAAAGAGACAGCAUGGGGGAGCCGAGCCUGGACGACUCCAAUGUCAAGGUGGCUGUUCGUGUACGGCCCAUGAACAGGAGAGAAAAGGAAUUAAACACUAAAUGUGUUGUGGAAAUGGUGAAAAACCAGACGAUCCUCCAUCCUGCAGGAGGUAACCUUGGAAAAGGAGACUCUAGGAGUCAGUCCAAGGUUUUUGCCUAUGAUUAUUGUUUCUGGUCCAUGGAUGAGACAGAUAAGGAAAAAUUUGCAGGUCAGGAGGUGGUGUUCCAGUGCCUUGGGGAAAGUCUUCUCCACAAUGCCUUCCAGGGCUACAAUGCCUGUAUAUUUGCCUAUGGACAAACUGGCUCGGGAAAGUCGUACACUAUGAUGGGCUCAGUGGAUCAGCCAGGGCUGAUACCUCGACUGUGCAGUGCUUUGUUUGAACGGACACAGAAGGAACAGCGGGAGGAGGAGAGUUUCACUGUUGAGGUUUCCUACAUGGAGAUCUACAAUGAGAAGGUCCGAGAUCUGCUCGAUCCCAAAGGGGGUAGGCAAACACUGCGGGUGAGAGAACAUAAAGUUUUGGGUCCAUACGUGGAUGGCCUGUCUCGACUAGCAGUGGCCAGCUACAAGGACAUCGAGUCUCUAAUGUCAGAGGGCAAUAAGUCACGCACUGUCGCUGCUACCAACAUGAAUGAGGAGAGCAGUCGAUCGCAUGCAGUCUUCAACAUUAUUCUCACACACACACUCAAAGAUUUAAAGUCUGGGACGAGUGGGGAAAAGGUGAGUCGGCUGAGCCUAGUAGACUUGGCUGGAAGUGAGCGAGCAGCAAAGACUGGAGCAGCAGGAGAGCGCCUGAAGGAAGGAAGCAACAUCAACAAGUCCCUCACUACUCUGGGUCUAGUGAUCUCAGCUCUGGCUGAACAAGGAACUGCCAAGAACAAGACCAAGUUUGUUCCUUACAGAGACUCUGUUUUGACAUGGUUACUGAAGGACUGCCUGGGAGGUAACAGUCGGACAGCAAUGGUUGCUACUGUGAGUCCAGCGGCAGACAACUACGAGGAGACGCUGUCGACACUACGUUAUGCCGACCGAGCAAAGAACAUAGUUAACCAUGCUGUUGUUAAUGAAGAUCCCAACGCUCGCAUCAUCAGGGAGCUCCGAGAGGAAGUCGAAAAACUACGAGUGCAACUGACACAGGCAGAGUCUUUGAAAGCUCCAGAGCUCAAAGACCGUCUGGAGGAGUCCGAAAAGUUGAUUCAAGAGAUGACGGUCACGUGGGAGGAGAAGCUUCGCAAAACUGAGGAGAUUGCACAGGAGCGUCAGAAGCAGCUGGAGAGUCUGGGUAUUUCUCUUCAGUCUUCAGGGAUUAAAGUUGGAGACGAUAAGAGUUUUCUUGUCAACCUUAAUGCUGAUCCUGCACUCAAUGAACUGCUUGUGUACUACCUGAAGGAACACACAAAAGUGGGCUCAGCAGACUCCCAGGACAUUCAGCUGUGCGGGAUGGGUAUCCAGGCAGAGCACUGUGUCAUUGACAUCACAGCAGAGGCAGCUGUGAUUCUCGCCCCCUACCGCAACGCUAGGACGUGUGUUAAUGGCUCUCCAGUAACCAGUGCUCUGCAACUCCAUCAUGGGGACCGAAUCCUCUGGGGAAACAACCACUUCUUUAGGAUCAACCUGCCUAAGCGGCGCUCUCGGGCUGCAGAUGAUGAAGAGGGUGAAGGUGGCGUGAUGAAGAACAGUGGUAGCAGUGAACAGCUGGAUGCAGAUGGUGAUACAGCCAGUGAAGUGUCCAGUGAAGUCAGCUUCUCGUAUGAGUUUGCCCAGACAGAGGUCAUGAUGAAAGCCCUGGGCAGCAAUGACCCCAUGCAGGCAGUCCUCCAGUCUCUGGAGAGGCAGCACGAAGAGGAGAAGCGGUCUGCUUUGGAGCGACAGAGGCAGAUGUACGAGCAGGAGCUCCAGCAGUUGCGUAAGAAGCUCAACCCAGAACGCCUGUCCACAGGUCAGUCUGGAGGGCCAACAAUUGGGCAGCAAGGUCCAGGACAGCAAUCUCACUAUCGCAGCAUGGAGAGGCUCAGUAUAGGAGGGAUGAGCCAUUCAAGCAGUGCUCAGAGCAGACUGAGGCAGUGGAGUGAGGACAGGGAGGCUGUGUUGGUGAGGAGUCUUCGGAGGUUGAGGGAGCAGAUAGUCAGGGCGAACCUCCUGGUACAAGAAGCCUGUUUCAUUGCAGAUGAGCUGGAACGUCACACAGAGUACCGAGUCACUCUGCAGAUCCCAUCAGACAACCUUAAUGCAAACCGCAAGAGGGAUGCAGUGCUCAGUGAACCAGCGAUCCAGGUUCGAAGACGGGGUCGGGGCAAACAGAUCUGGAGUUUGGAGAAGAUGGAGAACCGUCUGGUUGACAUGAGAGAGCUGUACCAGGAAUGGCAGGACUACCACUUAAAUAAUCCAGACGACCAGGCAAUGUGUCCAUAUUUACGCCGAGCGGACCCGUUUUUUGAUGAGCAAGAAAACCACAGUCUGAUCGGCGUCGCCAACGUCUUCCUUUCCUGUCUUUUCUAUGACGUCAAACUGCAGUACGCUGUUCCCAUCAUCAACCAGAAAGGAGAGGUUGCAGGUCGCCUGCAUGUGGAGGUGGUAAGAGUUGGAGGGGGCUUAGAGGAUAACAUGGCUGGAGGAGAUGAGCCUGACAACAACCAGGACAUUGAAGUUCAGGAUCGCAAACUGGUCUGCAUGAUUAAAAUCCUGCAGGCUACUGGUCUUCCUCAGUACCUGUCCAACUUCGUCUUCUGUCAGUAUUCUUUCUGGGACCAGCCUGAGCCUAUCAUCGUGGCUCCCGAAGUUGACACGUCAUCCUCAUCACCCAGCAACAAGGACCCACACUGCAUGGUGGUGUUUGACAGCUGCAAGGAGCUGGCUGUGUCCGUAACUGAGGAAUUUAUCGAGCACCUUACAGAAGGGGCAGUCGCCAUUGAGGUGUACGGACACAGACAGGCUGAUGCUGGAAGAAACCCCGCACUGUGGGACCUCAGCAUCAUCCAAGCUAAGACACGCACAUUACGAGACAGAUGGAGUGAGGUAACACGUAAGCUCGAGCUGUGGAUUCAAAUCCUGGAGAUAAACGAGAAUGGAGACUUUGUUCCAGUGGAAGUGGUACCUGCCAGAGAUGUGCGGACCGGAGGAAUCUUCCAGCUUCGGCAGGGUCAGUCGAGAAGAAUCCAGGUGGACGUGCGCUCAGUUCAGGAUUCUGGCACUAUGCCCCUGAUCGCAGAGAUUGUGCUCGCUGUAUCAGUGGGCUGUGUGGAGAUCAGAAACACCACAGCAAACCAGGAAGCAGAUGAGAUGGACAGUUAUCAGGAAAGAGACCUGGAACGGUUACGGCGGCAGUGGUUAGGUGCUCUCACCAAGAGACAGGAAUACCUUGAUCAGCACCUACAGAGCCUGGUUAGCAAAGCAGAAAAAACAGAAGAUGACAUGGAGAGAGAGGCGCAGCUCCUUGAAUGGCGUUUGACUCUAACUGAGGAGAGAAAUGCUGUAAUGGUGCCCUCUGCUGGCAGCGGCAUUCCUGGAGCACCUGCUGAAUGGGUUCCUCUGCCUGGCAUGGAGACUCACAUCCCCGUCCUCUUCCUCAAUCUCAAACCUGAUGACCUCAGCUCUCAAGACCAGUUUGAAGUUCCAGAGGCUGGAGGCUGGGAUGCUAUCUUGAAUGGAGAGGAUGAGGAUGACUUUUUUGAUCUACAGAUUGUCAGACACUACGAUGGAGAGGUUAAAGCAGAGGCAUCCUGGGACUCCACUGUCCAUGAGUGUCCUCAGCUCAGUCGAGGGGGAUCAUAUCCUGAGCAGCGUGUCUAUCUGACCAUACGGGUGGUGGUCCAGCUCAGUCACCCUGCUGACAUGCAGCUGGUGCUGAGAAAAAGGAUCUGCGUCAAUGUUAACCCGGGCCGCCAGGGAUUUGCCCACAACUUUCUCAGAAGGAUGUCAACCCGCAGCACCGUACCUGGCUGUGGGGUCACCUUUGAGGUGGUUUCCAACAUACCUGGGGAUGCUCCUGGUUCAGAGGACAGGGAGAUGCUGGCCCGACUCGCUGCAAGCGCACACAACAGCCAGUCAGGCGAUGAUGAAGCUGCCAUUGAGAAAUACCUCCGGAGUGUCCUGAGUCUGGAGAACAUUCUGACACUGGAUAGACUCAGACAGGAAGUGGCCGUGAAGGAGCAGUUGACUAGCAGAGGGAAGAGUAACAGACGGAGCAUAAGCUCUCCUUCUGUUAACAGGCUGUCUGGAAGUAGACAAGACCUGUCCACAACCUGCCUGCUGGACGAUAAGGGUCGAUGGGAGAGUCAGCAGGAUAUCUACAUGCCCUCUCAGUUUCCUCGCACCCUGCCCCGCCCAGCCUCCUCCCCUUCCACCUACUCUACCUCCCCGUCUUCAUCAACUACUCCCUUCGGCACUCCUCCUCCACAGAACCAGGAACCAGAGCAAGGUCGUUCAGGACUUGCUGCCUCUUAUCUUUCAGUUAAGGCGCUGGUUCCCCAGAUGCCCAAACUGCUCAAGUCUCUGUUUCCAGUGCGAGAUGAGAAGAAGGAGCUGAGACCUUCGCCGCAAAACCAGCAGCAGCACGUGCCUCGUAUAGUGACCUCAUCAGGAGGGGACGACAACAAAGGCAAGACCGAGACGACUGCUAUUCUACGGCCCCCAGCCAAAGACAGACGGGCAGAGCUCCCAGAAGUCUCUCCUCUUCCUGUGCAUGACCCGCAUGACACCACCCCUCUCAGCCCCCUCAGCCAGUCGUCAAGCGGCUACUUCUCUGCUAGUGUUUCUACAGCUACCCUGUGUGACGUUCUCCAACCCUCCUCCUCAUCCUCCUCCCUCCUGGCUGUCGAGACCACGUUACCCACAAACCCCCAGCAGCAGGGCGCUGACAGGAACGAUAUUGUGACCUCUCCUUCUCAGUUUGGUGCCAAGGUGUCAGUCGUCGCUUCGCCUGCUUCUCACAACUCAGCCAAUCACAAUAGCAUCACGUCCGACGUCUCCUCCGAACAGAAGCUGAUAAACUCCGGAGGAAAUGAAGGCUUUGAGAGACUAGAGAUCUUUGUGGAUGAUGAUGAGCGAGGUGGUGAAGACGUGCUGCCUGAUUGGCUGACAGAAGGAGCAUAUGUUACAGUAGGGAACAAUAAGGCGGGGACGGUGCGCUACAUUGGGGUGACACAGUUUGCUGAAGGAGUUUGGGUGGGGGUGGAGCUGGACACUCCUGUAGGUAAGAACGACGGCUCCGUCGGAGGUCAGCGGUAUUUCCACUGUAAGCCGGGUUACGGGGUGCUGGUCCGCCCAAACCGGCUGUCCUCCCGCGAGCGGACCAAUCGGCAGACAGGGGAGUUUACCCCUUCUGCCCACGUCCCCAUCCUGCGAGGAGAGGCCAUUGUUGCACGCCGAGGGGAGAAUCGCAAAUCCUGGAGCAGCUGAGACAUGAAAACUAGGAGCCCACAAUCGUCAUCCUCCUCCUCUCAGCUAUGCAACAGGCUCAUACUCUACAACUGACCUACUGCCUAACCUCCUACAGUUAGAUUCUACACUCACUGCAUCCAUUCAUAGAGUCUGGAUGGAUAUAGAAUAAACACGGUAAAGAGAACUUUCAAGAACAAUUCAAGUAAGAUAAUGAAAGACUAUGCAGGAUAUUUGGAAGUACGUGGGAGGACCAGUUGUCAUGCGGGAAGAUGAUUAGCAGUCAGUGGGAAGACUGCUGAGACUGAAUGAAAAGCAGAACUAUUUGGACCAGGAGUGAGGACUGAACCCCGCAGGCUGGAUGAUGCUUUCUUAGCUGAUAUACAGGGAUGCAAACAUGUGGCUUUUUUGUGGUCACACUAGGGUAAUUUGGUUGGGAGCAAGGUAUUUUUACAGUGGGAUGGAAGACUUUCAAAGGACGAGGCUAAUGGAUUUACUGGCCCCAUCUUAUUUUAUUUUUUUUUGUUGUCGUUCAUCUUUCACGAUUAAUUGUCAGCCUAUAAUAGUUGUUAAAAGAAGUCAAAUGAUCCUAUUUGACCAUAAAGAUUUUAUAAAGCUGACUAUUAGGCAGUGAAGAUUGGCGUCACUUUUCUUUGACAUUUUAUUUAUUUAUCUCAGUUCCUGAGUACCACAAACCUCAAAUCAUAUUGUGGCAGUAGAUAUUUGCUGCGUUUUCACACUUGACAUGUUUGUAUCCCUGCAUAUGAUGCCUCUACUUGAUAGUCCAGAAUUUAACGCUACGGUUGCCACCUUCCUGAACUCUCCAGGUCCAAUUUGCAGACUGACACUUUGACUCUCCCUCUCGGACUCCUUUUUUUCCCAUUUUCUUUUGAAGAUUGAUCCUCCCAGAAUGUGCCUUCACCAUGGCUUGGUUUGCAUUUGUCUGUAUAUUUAACUCCUUGUAGCCGUGUUUGUGUUGAAGAGAAUGCCUUGUGCUAAGUGUGAGGUGAUCUCAGGGACUGCAGAGGGGAAAGCACAGUGUGCGUGUGUGUGUAAAUGUUGUACAGUGUUGCUCUGUGUGUACGUUAAUGUUGUAGUCGUGAUGGUGUUAAAGAUUAGCUUCGUACAGCAGGAAUAGUCGUGACAAAGCCACUAUGAAACUGGGAGGCUUUAAAAGUUGAUUUUUGCACUGGAGACGUUGGAUAAGGAGCUUCUGUACGUGAACAGAACAUGUCUGUGGUUAUGAUGCAGCGACCAGAUAAGGUAACGAGAACAGGUUGGCUUUCUUUGGUGUCGUCUUUGUUUUGUUUGUUUUAUUCUUUUGUUUGUUUGGAUUUUUAAUCCCAGUCAGGAUAUUCCCAUGUCCCUGAAAGUGACUGAUGAUAUCCGGACACCAGGAGGCGCUGUUUGGGCAGCACCUUAGUGCUGUGGAGGUGGAAAUGGGCAGAGUAUGUGCUGAGGAAAAGAAAGUGACUUAAGCUUGAGAGAAGGGUGAAUUUGCUUCUAUGCAUUUGAUCUUUUUAAAAGUAAGUUUUUAGUCCUUGUUUCUUUAUACUGACACAAAUGGGAGAACGAGCUAUGAGUACAUUUUGGGAAAGUGUUAAACCCAGAGGCAGUCCUGACUGAUCUGUGGAAGAAAAUUUAAAAGAUAUCGUAGACAUGUGGAUUAUUACUUUUUUUAAAUUAGGUUUUAUGAAACAUUCCAGAGGGAUGAUGACAUUUUUACACUGAAUUUUAUUCUUGCGAUUUAAUGUGAUUUAAAUUGUUUCAGUGCACCAAAGCACUAUUAGGAGUGAAGAUGGUAUAUGUGUUUGCAGUGCUUUUACAAGUUAAAGGACAUCUAUUAUGCUUUUACUCAUUUCCUGUACUGUAUGUACUUUUACAGUGGUGAACGAUCAUAUCUAAAAUAAAUGUUUGCACAAGUAAUCCCUAUAAGCCAAAAUCUAAGGCUUUAAGCUUCUCAAAAUGCUCUGUUUCAGACAGUUUUUAUAUUCUUGGCUCUAUAUGACCUAAUCAUCUCAGGUUAAUCUCAGGAGCCAAUCAGGAAAGGCAUCCUGAAGCGAGGGGAAUGGAGCUAAAAUAGCUUAUUUCAUUCUAUGAAUUGAGGGGCUCCACUGAGUCCAACUAUAAUAUAAAUAUGGGUUAUUUUGAGUAAGUUGUCAUUUAAUCUGUUACAUGAUGGAAGUCCAAGGAGAAAGGCAAAAAUUUGAAACAUGUUAAAUCUGUUUAAAGAGUUAAAGUGUCAGCCUUUCUUUUUAAUUGUGACUCUCCCCCGAGUUUAUGCAGCUUUCACAAGAGGCCUGACAAAAGGAUGAUAUUCCAACAUAAGUGAUACAAAGCAAACUGUAUUCAGUCACAUGGGAAAGAAUGAAAAUCCUGGAAAUGAGCAUAAUAGGUCUUCUUUAAAGGGCCAAUCCAGUUCAGUUCACAUUGAAAAUUUUACUGCCUGUGAAAACGUCCUGUAGCUCUGAGGAGGAGCUCUGUACACCUGAGCAAAUGACACUUUUCUAUAAAUUUAUACCAUGAAGCCACAGAUGCAUUAAUCUCGUGGUGAGACUCUAAUAAAAGCUGCUACUGAGUUGCAUAAUGGGAGAUGUUUUUUGGAGGGUUCUGGAGUUUUGUUGGAUUUUCCUUUUUAAAUUCGGCGGUCCUUUUUGAAAAGGCAACACUAAAUCUCUGGAGUAAUGUCGAGACUGAGGUGAGGAAGUGUUCGGUUUGUCUCAGAGAGGGAGGAUGAAGCACGGCCAGAUGGCUUUAAAGGUGGAAAAUAAUUAAUUUUGAACGUUCUUGGGGUAUUUUAGCUCUAUGGUUCCUUUAAAAGAGCCUCCCAAUGAACUGAAUAAGUUUUAUUGAAGGAUGAGGCAGGUUUUUGGUGUCUGUAAUGGUUUUCAGGUUCCUGAUGUUGAUGAUGGAACGGUUAUCUGGAUUACUGUGUGCUUAUACUGUAAACACACUAUGUCUGAACACUAUCGUCUUUAUGGAUCCAUCAGUGAAGUUACUAUUUAUGCUUAAAUGCUUGUGUGCACGCAGUGAUCGCACACAAGCUGGUAAAGCCUUUUUAUUUGAAUAAAUAAAUGUUGCACAAAUGAUUUAAUUAAAAUCGCUGCUAUUAGCGUUGUAAAUUUACCUGUAAAUGAAUCAGUUGAUUACUCGUGUCUCAUACUGUAUGAUAGAUUGGAUCUCAGUAGUAGUGUUUAAUUCCCGAAUUGACAAACAAAACUAAAGUCCGUGCUCCUGAUUCAGUGGCCCAUAUAUUUUUAUGACUUAGUAAAAUUCUUCUGAAUGAGGCACUUUGUCGUAUGAGCCUUGAAGAAGCGAUGGGCAGGAUAUUUUCUGGGUGAAGAAUCACUUCUGUACAGGAAACUGAUUGAAAUAUAAGAUGAGGCUCCACAGUCUAUUUUAUUAUCUGUGUAUUUAUUGUCUGGCCAUAAAGUCCAGACCUCUGGAGUCCUCUUAUUGGCUAGUUUCUGCCUGUUGUGUCAUUAGUUAGCAGGUUGUGAAGUGCUCUGUCGGUUAGUUUUCAAUAAUGUGGUCUGUAACGGUUCGGUGGUAAUAAAGGAAGUGUUCCUGUGUGCGUUUGUGUGUGUGGGUGAGUGUCGAGUGCACCUGUCUCUGAUUCAGUUGUGUCUUUGAGUCGUUGCCAAGAUGGGAAAAUAACCGUCAGCGGCCGUUUCACGUACAUUUCCUGGGACUUCAGCAUAGAGCGGCAAGCCUUCGCCCUCGCUGCUCUACUGGCAAAAAAUACUAAUUCCCGUCCUGGUGUCUGCUCUGCUUUGUGUGUUUGAGAUCACUUCAGGCUUCUGGAUGUUCUUUUAUGUUGUUGUGCCUCAGAAACCAUGUGACCAUGUAUCUUUCACACACUUUUUUCAUAUCAACGCUUCAAUUCAUUUGCACAAACGCCUCCAGAUGGAAUUGAAGACUUAAUUUCUGGAAUUAUUGUACAUGUAAGAAGAAAAAUACAAACUGUUUUUUUGUUUGUUUGUUUUUUAAAGA